AUGGAAGUCGACGAAAGACAACAGACGCGGGUCGCUUUUGAUCCAGGAAGAAAAAAGAACCUGAAAAAGAAGAAGCCUCGACUCCUCUUGACAAAGCAUCCUUUCGGCUUGCUGCCUUCAGGUAACGCGCUCUUUGUCUCUUCUGGCGGCUCGACGGUGGUGGAUCGCUCGGCGUCGCUCGGGAGUUUCGCGGCUCUGGACGACGCAGCGUUCCUCGCUUUCCUCUCGACUCUCGCCGAAUUCGUUCCGCUCUCUGCUCUUCUCUCGCUCUCCUGCGCCUCCAAGUUCCUUCUCGCUGCUCUCCUCGACGAAGAGCUGUGGCAGUCUCUCGUUCUCUCGCAACAGCAACGGCGAGUGGGCCGGGAAGAGAGUGGAGCGAGAGGUCUCGGAGCGAGAGAACACGGUGAACAAGGGACGAGGAAGAAUGGAGAGACUCUCCUAGGGACAGCGGAUCCUCUUCUCCUCUCUCACUCUGCUUCUCCUUCUGCUCCCUCUCCUCCUUCUCUCUCUUCUUCUUUCUCGGCUUGUUCGGAGGAAGCCGAGACGCCGACAAAGGACGAGACGUCUGAGUCGACUGACUUCACCUGGCGCGGCAGUUGGAAGAAAACCUACCUGUUCGCAGAACGAGAGAGACUCACGCGCCAAAGGACAGCCCGCGCGCCUUCGUCCUCUUCUUCUUCGGCUUGCUCAACGCAGGAAGAGCGCUCGGCAGACACCUGCCUAGACACCGCAGGCGAUUCUGUCGACAGGCAGUCUCUCCCGGUUCUCCGCGGAGUCUGUUCUGAUACUUUUUACCAACGAUGGCUUUGCGCGACUGUCGAUAUUAGCAGCUUGUUCUUCCGCCACUACGACAACCUCGAGAGAGUCUCUGCCUCGGCAUUGAGCGUCGACGCGUUCGUUGAGCUCUAUGAAAAACCGAACAAGCCGGUCGUCAUCACAGAUCUGGUGCCCAAGUGGGCCGCCUUCGGGAAGUGGAAUGGAGAGUACUUUCGCCGCCAUUUUGGCAGCGUGCGUUUCAACGCCGGGGCUGCCUCCAACAUACAGCUCAAGACCUUCUACCAGUACGCGGACUCCAACUUUGACGAAGCGCCUCUCUUCAUCUUUGAUCCGCGCUUUGCUGAAUCGACUCGAGAGGCUCUCUCGUCUUCAUCAGCGUUGUCGUCACCUUCUUCUUCUUCUCCUGUGAACGUUCCUCCGGCUUCGCGGGAGAUAGGGGAACAAGGCGACUGUCGGCGAGAGACGACGGGAGCACAAGCGUCGGCGGAAGAAAGGCGUCAUCACGAACUCGGUGACAGAGUGUGCUCGCUGGCCGAGGACUACGAAGUCCCUCCGUACUUUUCAGACUCUCGCGACCUCUUUGCGUGUCUUGGAGAACGCAGACCCAAUUUCAGGUGGUUGCUCGUGGGGAACUGCCGCUCCGGAUCGAAAUGGCAUGUUGAUCCGAACCAGACGAGUGCCUGGAACGCCGUGGUGAGAGGCGCCAAACGGUGGAUUCUUUUGCCUCCGACUGUCUGUCCGCCUGGCGUCUUUCCCUCGCACGACGGCGGCGAAGUGACGCAGCCCACCGCCCUCGUCGAGUGGCUCAUGAACUACUAUUUCGACGCACUGCAUGCGCCAGGAUACCCGUACACCGGAGGCAUUGCCCCCCUCGAGGGCUCUGUUCGCGAGGGAGAGCUCAUUUUCGUUCCUCAAGGAUGGUGGCACUGCGUGCUCAAUGAGGAAGAUGACACGAUUGCCGUCACCCAGAACUUCGUCUCGCCUGUUAUCCUCCAAAAUGUUCGAUCUUUUCUCCACUACAAAAAAGACCAAAUCUCCGGCCUCUGUGCUCAGGGAAGACACGAGACGUUCGCGAGUGAGUUCGACGCCGCGGUCGGAGCUUCUUACCCGGAGCUGCUGCCUCUCGUCUCUUCGCCUCCCCCUCCAUGUCCCUCUUCUUCUCCUUCCUCUCCUUCGCCUGUGAGUCGGACGGCGCUGAGGAGAAGUCGUCCAAAGGAGACUUGCGGAGAGGAGCAGAAAGGCGUCGAGAGGGGAGGGGGGCAACGCGGAGAGCCACAGGACACAAGCGAACAGACAGACGGCGAAGGCAGAGAAGGAACAAAGAGGAACCAAGAGCCACAGGACUCAGGAAGCUUCUGGGAGAGGCUGAAGAAGAGACGGAGACCGGUGGUUCUACGUCGACAUGCCGACGGGGAGACACCGACAAGCCAGGCAGUGGCCUAGGCGAAAGAAACCGAUCUUCUCUGGGGUCCUACGCCCCCUAAGAAGACAUCCAAUGCCGGA